CUGUUAAUUUUACAAUGACCACCUGGUUGCCACUGGAAUCGAACCCAGACGUUCUCAACAAAUACCUGGAAAAGCUGGGCGUUUCGCCGCUGUGGAACAUCGUGGACAUUUACAGCAUGGACGAUGACGCGCUGGCCUUUGUCCCGAGCCCGCUGAAGUCGCUGAUUUUCCUGUUUCCCUGUUCCGAUGUGUACGAAGAGUUCCGCGCCAAGGAGGACGCCGAGCUGAAGGCAAAGAACAUCGAACACCCGAAGGACCUGUUCUAUCUGAGGCAGUACGUGCACAAUGCUUGCGGAACCAUCGCCCUGGUCCACGCCGUUCUCAACAAUCCGGACAUCGAACUGACCGAGGGUUCCGUCAUGAAGAAGUAUCUGGAUGGCGCCCGCGAUCUCAGCCCGGAGGAGCGUGGCAAGCUGCUGGAGAAUGACGCCGGGUUCACCGAGACGCACGAAUCGGUGGCCAACGAGGGUCAAACGGCCGCGCCGGACAUUAACGAGAAGGUGUACCACCACUUUGUGGCCUUUGUUCACCACGGCGGAAAGCUGUACGAGCUGGACGGGCGCAAGAUGAACCGAAUGAUGAAUGAUGAAGAUGACCGGAGCAGAGCUCCCACGACACUUGAACGUACAACUUGCGAGAUCAAUGUUCAAUGGGAAGGUCGUCAAAGUGCGAAAGAUCGGUGGCAGUCAAACACAAUUUCCGUAGGCGAUGGAUAA